AUGGCGGUAGCUGGGGGUGCCGCGAGCCGCAGGGGCCCUGGGCGGCCCUGCCCCUUCUCUAUCGAGCACAUCCUUUCCAGCCUGCCGGAACGGAGUCCCCCAACCCGGGCUGCUCGACCACCGCAGCCCAGCGGCCAACAGAGCCCCACGGAGCCCGGGGAACCCGGGGCGCCUGAGAUUGUGUCCUGCGCCUGUUGUUGCUGCUGUGGACCCCGCGCAGCAUCCCGCAGGACUCCGGAGGCGGCUGCGGGGCUGGGCGCGCGGCUACCGUGGCCACUGAGGCUGGGGCCCGCGGCGCCCUUGCCCUUAGCCGCGGCGGCUGGAGGCUCUGCGACUCUCCCUGGUGCUGGAGGCCCAGUCCCACAGCGACGCACUAGGCGCCACCGCACCAUCUUCAGCGAGGAGCAGCUGCAGGCGCUCGAGGCGCUCUUUGUGCAGAAUCAGUACCCCGACGUUGGCACGCGCGAGCGCCUGGCUGGCCGCAUCCACCUGCGCGAGGAGCGCGUGGAGGUCUGGUUCAAGAACCGCAGGGCCAAGUGGCGACACCAAAAGCGCGCAUCAGCAUCAGUGUCAGCGAGGCUCCUGCCCGCGACCAAGAAACCUCCUAAGGAGAGAUGCUGA